AUGGCCGAUGGGGGCAGCCUCCACAAUGUGCCACUUGUGUUGGACAAUGGCAGUGGCACUAUUCGAGCCGGCUUUGCUGGCGCUGAUCUUCCGGCUGCGUAUUUCCCCUCGUAUGUCGGCCGUCCCAAACAUGUACGUGCCCUUGCCGGGGCCCUCGAAGGAGAUGUCUUCAUCGGACCCAAAGCACAAGAACUACGAGGCCUCUUGAAAAUUCGAUACCCUCUUGAACAUGGGAUUGUCACAGACUGGGACGACAUGGAAAGGAUAUGGACCUAUGUCUACGAACAAGAGUUGAAAACACUGAGCGAGGAACACCCGGUGCUUCUGACGGAAGCGCCGUUAAAUCCGAGACAAAAUCGAGACACAGCCGCCCAAAUUCUAUUUGAGCAAUUCAACGUGCCUGCCGUUUACAUGUCCAUCCAAGCCGUCCUGAGUCUGUAUGCGAGCGGUCGCACGACCGGUAUUGUGCUCGACAGUGGAGAUGGCGUCAGCCAUGCUGUACCCGUGUACGAGGGAUUCGCCAUCCCAAGCAGCAUCCGAAGGAUUGACGUGGCCGGAAGGGACAUCACAGAACACAUGCAGCUCCUCCUGCGAAAGAAUGGCCAUGUUUUUCAUACGAGCGCUGAAAAAGAAAUCGUCAGAAUAAUGAAGGAGAAGACUGCCUACGUGGCAUUGGAUCCCCGAAAAGAGGAGAAGGAUUGGUCACAGGGGAUAUGGAAGAAUGAGAAAAGAGAUGUCGAGUAUGUGCUGCCGGAUGGCCAGAAAAUCAAGAUUGGAGCAGAACGCUUCCGAGCACCGGAAAUCUUGUUUGAACCGGACUUGAUCGGGUUGGAAUAUCCCGGGAUUCAUCAAAUGGUAGUCGAUGCCAUCAACCGAACAGACAUGGACCUUCGAAAGAAUCUAUUUGGAAAUGUUGUCCUUAGUGGUGGCACAACAUUGUGUAAAGGAUUCCCAGACCGACUGCUGUAUGAGAUGCAGCGAUUGGCGGUCAAGGAUAUGCGAAUCAAAAUUUUUGCACCUCCUGAACGAAAAUACAGCACUUGGAUUGGUGGAAGUAUUCUCGCUGGGUUGAGUACAUUCAGGAAGAUGUGGGUCAGCAUUGAUGACUGGCAUGAGAAUCCCGACAUCAUCCACACGAAGUUCACUUGA